UAAAAAUGUAAAAUUAUAAUAACAAACAAAAAAAAUAUAUAGCGUUAUUACAAUAAAGCAGCAUAAUAAAAUGCAUUCCAAAUGUGGCGGUGAUUUACACAGUGAUACGUAAACAAUUGUACUUAUGUUUUUCAUUUUUAUACAAUUUUAUUUAUAUUUUAAUCGAGAUUUUAUCAAGAUGUGUGCUGCAGAAGAAAAUAUGAUGCCCGUGGAUAUAAUCGUGUGGAUCCUGUUCCGGGUACGGAGUUUACCUGCCAUGCUUGUCUUGAAGCCAGGAGUGAAGCUCACACAUAUGGGGUAUCGCACUUUGCAGAUCCAGAGACAGAUGGGCUACGACCAGGAAACAGUGAAGAACAGACUGGUGGAAAUACGCUUGGCAUGUAGACUGGGGCAGGUACAGCUGUGGAAUGUAUUUUAUUCAGCAUGUCCUCUUCCUGCAUCAGCAGCCGGCUGCACCAUCAGCUCAGCUUCAACUGUCUUAAUGAAGAGCGGAGAGGACCAUGAAUCCAGAAUGUCAGUGGGGCCUACCAUGUUAGGGGACAAGUGUCUAAUCAAUGGGGGCCUGGCCGCUGGGGCCCCAAUUAUCACGAGAGAAGGAGCCCCUGCUCACCAUUGGAACACGCAUGUGUGUCCACCACUCCAUUCAACUCUAUGGGAUUGCUGGGGACAGCCAAGUACAAGCCCUGUAAGGCUAUCCUUAGGGACUACAGCAGCCUGUCAGAAUUUUAUCAUUUGAUUUUAUCUAUGAAGUGGACCUCCGCCUCUAGAAAAAGAGAGCUGAAUGUGUUGUCAGUAUAUGUUAAAAGGUGGACG